AUGCGAGAGGCUGCUGAACGGCGGCAACAGCUGGAAUUGGAGCAUGAGCAAGCCUUGGCUGUUCUCAACGCAAAGCAGAAGGAAAUUGAACUCCUGCAGAAGGCCAAGGUCCGCGAGCUAGAAGAGAAAUGUCGGACGCAGAGCGAGCAGUUUAAUCUCCUCUCCAAGGAACUGGAAAAGUUUCGGCAGCAAGCUGGAAAGAUUGACCUCCUGAGUAGUAACCCGUUGGCAGCCUCAGACAUCCCCGGAUCCCCUAGCAAGUCCCUGUCCCAGUUAAUGAAUGGAAUUGCCACCUCCCUCGGCAAAGGUCAUGAAAGCUCCUCUGGAGGCCACUGUGUGAUCUCAGAGUUUAUACGACCCCUGCAGCUAUCCGGCGAUAAACCAGAGCAAUUGUCCGUCAAGCCAACUUUCCUCUCCCGGUCACGAUCUGGCAGCCCAAGAUGCAGAUUUGAAUCAGACAUGGAGAAUGAACGGAAAUCCAAUACCUCAAAGCAGAGAUACUCGGGAAAAGUCCAUCUUUGCAUCGCCCGCUAUAGCUACAACCCGUUUGAUGGACCAAAUGAAAACCCAGAAGCGGAGCUCCCCCUCACAGCAGGAAAAUACCUCUAUGUCUAUGGAGACAUGGAUGAAGAUGGCUUCUAUGAAGGUGAACUUCUAGAUGGACAGAGAGGUCUGGUCCCUUCCAACUUUGUGGAUUUUGUUCAAGACAACGAAUCCCGUUUGUCGAGUGGGUUGGCCAGCGAGCAGGACCAGAACUACAUCAACCACACUGGUCACACGUUGGAAGGAGACGGUCUUCUGGAGAUCAACCCACCGAGCCACUUAGAAUCCAGCGUCGUCAAUAACGGUUCCGGGACUCUGGAUGUGAACAUUGACGAAAUCGGAGAAGACAUUGUGCCUUAUCCUAGAAAAAUUACCCUUAUCAAACAACUAGCCAAAAGUGUUAUUGUGGGCUGGGAGCCUCCAGUUGUGCCACCUGGAUGGGGAACCAUUCAUAGCUACAACGUCCUAGUAGACAAAGAGAUACGGAUGAACGUAUCCCUGGGGAGCAGAACUAAAGCUCUCAUAGAAAAACUUAACAUUGCGACUUGCACGUAUCGAAUAUCAGUUCAGAGCAUCACGAGCCGGGGAAACUCUGACGAGCUGCAGUGCACUUUGUUGGUUGGGAAGGAUGUCAUUGUGGCUCCAUCUCACCUGAAGGUGGACAACGUAACGCAAAUCUCUGCUGAGCUCUCCUGGCUCCCGACCAACAGCAAUUACAGCCACGUGAUCUUUCUCAAUGAAGAAGAGUUUGACAUUGUCAAGGCUGCCCGAUACAAGUACCAGUUUUUUAACCUGAAGCCUAACAUGCCCUACAAGGUGAAGGUAUUGGCCAAGCCUCACCAAAUGCCCUGGCAACUCCCUCUGGAGCAGCGGGAAAAAAAAGAAGCCUUUGUCGAAUUCUCAACAUUGCCUGCAGGUCCUCCGGCUCCCCCUCAAGACGUUAGAGUUCAGGCUGGGCCAUCGCCAGGAACUUUAUUGGUUUCUUGGAAGCCACCGGCUCUUACAGCAACAGGAACCUCCAAUGGAGCCAAUGUUACUGGUUAUGGUGUUUAUGCAAAAGGUCAAAGGGUGGCAGAAGUAAUAUUUCCUGUGGCAGAGAACAACGUUGUGGAGCUAACAAGACUCCGGAACAUGGAAGCCAAGGAAGUUUUUGUUCGGACGCUUUCUGUCCAAGGGGAAUCUGUGGACUCACUGAGCGCUGCCAUUCCGCCCGACCUACUGGUGCCUCCGACCCCUCACCCUCGGCCAGCUCCCAAAUCUAAGCCAUUAUCAAGUGCCGGCAUCCCAGAUACCAAAGACGAGCAUCUAUGUCCGCAUGUAAAAAGGGAUGAAUCGUGGGAGCAGACCCGUGUGGCAUCUCCCGUCCACGGACACAUGUUGGAGCCUCCCAACUUCCACAGCCCAGUCCAUGGGGGGAGGUCUCCUUCUCCAAAUCGGAUACUCCCCCAGCCACAAGGCACACCCAUCCCCAACACUGUUGCAAAGGCCAUGGCCAGGGAAGCUGCUCAGCGGGUCGCCGAGAGCAACAGGCUGGAGAGGAGGAACGUGUUCAGUGAAAGGAGCAAUGCGGUGCAUUAUGCAAACUCUGAUGAAGAAGAAGAUGGCUACGAUUCACCGCGCGUCAAAAGGAGAGGGGCUUCAGUCGAUGAUUUCUUAAAAGGCUCAGAACUCGGAAAGCAGCCCCACUAUAGCCAUGGGGAGGAGUAUCACACUGAAAGCAGCCGGGGUUCUGACCUAUCUGACAUCAUGGAGGAAGACGAGGAAGAGCUUUACUCGGAGAUGCAAUUGGAGGACGGUGGGAGGAGAAGAGUGAGCGUGACCUCGCAUAACACGCUAAAGCUUUUAGGUAACCCGUCAUCCUCUGGACGGCUGGACAGGUCAGAGCACCCGGGCCGAAGGAUCUCUCAUGGCGGCAUGGGACCACAAAGGCCUCGACCGAUGACGGUCCCUUCUAUUGAUGGAUACUCUAGCCGGGACCGUCUUUCUCCUGAAAUUUAUGAAGAAUCAGAAACUGACCCUGGUGCAGAGGACGUUUCCACGCGGAUCUUUGUGGCCCUUUUUGACUAUGAUCCACUGACCAUGUCUCCUAAUCCUGAUGCGGCAGAAGAGGAACUCCCAUUUAAAGAAGGGCAGAUUAUCAAGGUGUAUGGUGAUAAAGAUGUUGAUGGAUUCUACCGAGGAGAAACCUGUGCAAGGCUGGGCCUGAUUCCUUGCAACAUGGUCUCUGAAAUCCAAGCUGACGAUGAAGAGAUGAUGGACCAGCUCCUGAAACAAGGGUUUCUCCCUCUGAAUACGCCUGUAGAGAAACUAGAAAGGAGCCGGAGGAGCAGCCGCCAACCUGCCGCAUCGACAAGGAGAAUGGUGGCUCUGUAUGACUACGACCCAAGGGAGAGCUCUCCCAACGUUGACGUUGAGGCCGAGUUGACAUUUUGUACAGGAGAUAUUAUUACAGUCAUUGGAGAAAUUGAUGAAGAUGGUUUUUAUUAUGGUGAGCUUAAUGGCCAGAAAGGUCUGGUUCCUUCAAACUUUCUUGAAGAAGUGCCUGAUGAUGUAGAAGUCUAUUUAUCUGAUGCCCCAUCACGAUAUGCUCCUCAAGAUACGCCAAUGCGUACGAAAGCAAAAAGGAAGAAGAGUGUUCAUUUCACACCUUAAAAAAGGCAAUGUAGCCUUCACGUAAGUGAGCAACUGAAGAUACCAAUAAAGA